AUGUUCUUCCUGUACAACAUGGAGCGCAGGGUGACCCUGCACCCCUCGUACUUUGGACGCAACAUGCACGAACUUGUCACCAGCAAGCUGCUGAAAGAUGUAGAGGGUACUUGCGCUGGAAGCUACUAUAUCAUCUCUAUCAUGGACACGUUCGAUAUCUCUGAAGGGCGCAUUCUUCCAGGCAACGGUCUUGCAGAAUUUACGGUCGGUUACCGCGCCGUCGUCUGGCGGCCGUUCAAGGGCGAGACGGUUGAUGCGGUUGUAUAUUCUAUCAAUCCUCAGGGUUUCUUCGCGCAGGCCGGUCCACUGCGACUUUUCGUUUCCGCACAUUUGAUACCAAGCGAUAUCAAGUGGGAUCCAAACGCUACGCCACCGCAGUUUACCAAUAAUGAGGACACAGUUAUCGAACCCGGGACGCACGUGCGCGUCAAAAUUAUCGGAACGAGAACAGAAGUCGGGGAGAUGUGGGCCAUUGGAAGUAUCAAGGAGGAUUACCUAGGAUGUCUUCAGGACUGA